AUGAGUCCCAUCAGUUAUCUUGAUCUCUAUGAAGCUUCCAUAUCUGAGCUCCAGGAGGGCCUGACUCAGAAACACUUCACCAGCGUUAACCUCGUUCAGGCGUAUCUGGCUCGCAUCGAGGAGGUCAACCUUCGUGGUCCCACUCUCAGGGCAGUCAUCGAAACGAAUCCUCACGUUCUCGAUAAAGCUGCGGAACUAGAUGCCGAGCGCUCCGAGCGCGGUCCGCGAGGUCCUCUGCACGGCAUACCCAUACUGCUCAAGGACAACAUCGCUACUGAUGCUUCAGAGGGCAUGCAAACGACAGCUGGCUCUUACGCGUUACAGGGUGCGAUACCAGCCCACGCGGCGCAUAUCACUGACGCAUUGAAGAGCGCCGGCGCGGUGAUACUGGGCAAGACCAACCUGUCAGAGUGGGCGAACUUCCGCGGCGUCGUUCCCAACGGCUGGUCUGGGCGUGGCGGACAGUGCACAAGCCCAUAUCUGCCGCUUGGGGACGCUAGUGGGUCGAGCUCGGGUUCGGGCGUUGCUGCAGCUAUCGGACUUGCUGCUGGCUGCAUUGGUACGGAGACGGACGGGUCGAUCAUCGGUCCAAGCGAGCGCAAUAAUGUGGUUGGAGUGAAGCCUACUGUCGGCUUGACUUCGCGCUACGGAGUCAUUCCCAUCGCCACCACGCAGGACACCGUCGGGCCCAUGACAAGAUACGUAAAGGACUCCGCCAUUCUUCUCAGUGUCCUUGCCGGCAAGGAUGAGCGCGAUGAGCCCACCCUAGCGCAGCCACUACCUGUACCCGACUACGUCGCCACUCUCCACAAAGACGCGUUGCGCGGAGCGAGGAUCGGCGUCCCGCGACAGCUCAUCUCUCCCGAACCCACGAAGCAUUGCAUAAACGACGCAUUCGACCGCGCUCUCGGGCUUAUGCGUGAAAUGGGGGCCACCAUCGUCGAGCGGACUGAGCUUCCUAGUUCUGACCAGGUUGCUGGGAACCUCCCAGACCACGAGAGGUUAGUGAUGGAGACCGAGUUCAAGGUCGGAGUCGAAGCAUACUUGUCCGCAUUGCCUGGAGUGCCGACGAAUGUUAAGACCAUAUCCGACAUCAUCGACUUCAACCUGGCACAUGCAGAUAAGGAGCUGAUUCCGCCACACUACGAGUCGCAAACAAGGAUCUAUGCUAGCAAAGAUCUGACAAUGAACGACGAGUACCGUGCCGCGGUGGCGAAAGGUUACGAACUUGGGCGCACGAAGGGGAUUGACGCGGCAUUGCUUGAACACGACCUGGAUGCUUUGGUCCUUCCAUCUGGUGCAAGAGGCGGUACACCGGCCGCUAUGGCCGGGUAUCCUAUAGUGACCAUCCCGCUUGGUUUUAGGCCAGAUAGCACGGAAUCCACCGAGGCGGAUCCCGUCAUUGAUAUCGGUCCUGGACAACCGUAUGGCCUGGCAUUCAUGGGAACGGCGUGGUCAGAGGCGAGGCUGUUGUCAUUAGCAUAUGCGUUUGAGCAGGCAACCCAGGUGAGGCUCGAGCGCAAGGCCUUCGAUGCGGCCAUCCCAAAGACCCAAUUCGUGGACGUCAUGAGAACUACGUGA